AUGGGAAUUUUUAGUGAUCCUGAUCAUCUCGGAGAUCUUCCGGAAAGACUUCCAGUGACAAAUUAUGAUAUUCUCUCUCAUCAAAACUUAAUCCAGUCAGUAUCCACCAUAUUAAGUGAGGACAAAGAGGGGCUUCCUGUAUUCAGAAAUGUGGCUUAUGAUUCGUCCUUGGUUGGUUGCCUUCAUGCACUACACUCUAGGUGCGCUUAUGACAUUGUCAAGCUAACAGCUGCAGAUUUAGUCAAUGUUUUUCUUCAGUCAAUGUGGAGAACCAAAAGCCAGGAUCUUAAGGUUGCAUUGUGUAAUGCGUACAUAAGGAUUGCUAAAAUUUGCCCCCCUCAUGUCUGGAGGCCAGAAUCUCUUAUUCGCACACUUUGUUUUCCAGAACCGUGCUUUCUACUGAUAGAUUGUUUUCGAGUAGCUUUGUCAAUUCUUGGUCCUGAUAGUGUUGGAGGGAGAGCAACAAAUUGUAGUGCUCUAGAUUUUUUAACUUCCAGUGAUAAAUCAAUUGAAAACUUGAGGGUUGGAGAAAAGAGGCCUAUUCCAGAUGUGGGAACUUUUAUGGUCAAACAUCAGAAGUUAGAUGAUGAAAUUAUGGCAUCCGAUGCUAAUGUUCAGGUGCAGAGCAAGCACACUUGCAUAGUUACUUGUGAAAGAGAAGACAAAUAUGCAAAUGAUAUGCAUAAAUCACUUAUUUCGUUUAUAAAGUAUCUAAACUCUCCUGAUGUCGGAACUGAUACUUUAAGUCCACAUGUUGCGUUGACGGCUCUUAGCAUGCUUUGCAUUGGCUUCUCUAGAUUCCCGGAUGCCAAUCUAUCAAUCUUCAUUUUUCAACAGAUGUAUGCAUGGAUUCCCAGGAUAUGCGAGCUGGCAAAGCAAGAGAAUUCAAUGACGCGUGAUGUUUCCAUUUUCCUGGAGGGAAUUCACAGCAUAUUGCUUUUGCAAAGUACCCCGCUUAUGGAGAACAAGCUUUUCAAAAAUACAGAAAAUAGUGCAGAACUUUCCCAAAGCAUACUCAUCCAAAGCUUGUUGAGCUGCUAGAGAAAUGCUGGCAGCAAGAUCCAGCAUUAAGACCAGACUUCUCCGAAAUUAUAGAGAUACUGCAGCAAACGGCCAAGGAGAAUCACGAAGAGCUAGGUCACCUUCUGACUGAGGGAGAAGUUUGUCAAGAAGUGUUUCCCCAAAUGGGUCUCCCAAGCGAAUCAGAAGGGGGCGUGGUUUUAGUCCCUCUGCUUCUUCUUCUUCUCCAAAGCCUUCUCCAGGUUCUGCUCUCUCUUCUUCUCAAGGAACUGCUUUAUCUACUUCUCCAGGAAUUGCUCUUUCAA